AGUCCAGUGACAGUAUCAAAUCCAUCAGCAGAUAGUGCGAUACGGGUUCGGUGGUAUCAGACGAUAGUGAGCCUUAUUUAGCACAAUGAAGGGUCUAACGAUAUCGUUACUGUUAUUAACGCUAACCGUGGUGGUCGUUCUUGGUGAUGAUACAGUUGAACAACCAAAUGCAGAAGCUAAAACUAUCCAGGAUCAGAAUAACGAAGCCUCGCCGGCAGAGGGCGAGAAGAAAACAACAAAACGACACCUCUCAUUGGGACUUGGUUACCGAGGUGGACUUGGGUUUUCCAGCGGACUGUAUGGCGGCCACUCUGUUGGAUUAGUUGGAAAGGGGAUCGGCUUUGGUUACGCCGGAGGUUAUGGCGGAUCGUAUGGAAAUGGUUACGGUUAUGACGGCGGAUUUCAUGGAGCUGGAUUUGGAUAUGGAGGAUACGGAGGAGGUUUCUCUAGUCACAGUGGAUUCCAUGAUGGAUUUCACGGCAGCUACGGCUAUGCAAAGCCAUUCUACACAGCUACAAUCAAGGAACACAUUCCUGUGCCAGUGCCAAAACCAUACCCAGUGUUCAUCAAGAAAACUAUCCCAAUCCCUAUAACAGUGCCUAGACCAGUGCCGUACCCAGUUUACGUGAAGAAGCAUAUUGCAAUUCCUAUUGAUCGCCCGGUACCAGUGCCUGUUCCUUAUCCCGUCACAAAACACGUUCAGGUUCCAGUGCCACAUCCGUAUCCAGUGCCGGUCAAAGUACCAACACCGGUUGUAGUAACGAAGCCUGUAGUGGUAACUAAACCUAUCGUCAUCACCAAGCAUUACACUCCCAUAGUUAGUACGCCAAUUGUGAGCGCUCCCAUACCACUCAUUGCGGCACACGCACCAGUUUUGGCCACAACCGGGCAUGUGUCCGUUUCGAACCAUGGUGUCCAUCAAACACAUGGAUCGCAUCUACAUAGCAGUACUCAUGGAUAUAGCGGUGGAGGUCACUACGGAUCUAUUGGAGGUGGGAGCUAUGGCGGUUCCUUGGGGCAUUUUGGAGCUUCUGGUCAUUUUUCUUCCGAAGCAAAUUACGGUGCCGGUAGUCAUUUUGCCGCGGGAGCUAUCGCAGGGACAAUCUGCGAUCAGUAAAUAGGUGUAUUUAGUCUAUAUUUUGUUUAAUGCUCAAAACUAUUAGACAUUAGGAGUAGCUAAUCCAAAUAGAUAUAUUGUUAUAAUAUAAAAAUAAAUAAUGACUUGAAUGUACUAUCUAAAGUGACUUCAUCGUUAUGAAAUGCAAACCAGCUGAAAAGUGUGUUUCUCAAAGAAAUCAACGCAAAGCAGCGCAGAACAGCUCGGUAGAUGGAAUUCCAUAGUUUUUCACUGGUUUUCUAUUUGUGUAUUCGUAAAUAAAGUUCCACAACUGUGAAAUUUAUGCUGAAGAAUAGAAUCGAAACUUAUUGCAAGCACGCGACAACAUGAAAUUAUUGAAUAGAGUAAAUCGACAUUUCUUCAAAACUAACCGUUAAAUUGAAACUCCAUUUAUUGUUUUUUAUAGUUUAGGGAUCCAACAUUAUGUAGAAGUCGAACGAAACGAAAAAAUUGGACUGUACUAUUUACGAUACAAAAAAAAAGUAAAAUCCGGGUGAGACGCCACACCUCAGGGGGAGAUGCCGCACGUGUAAAAUGUUGGAGAAAUGGGAUUAGAAAUUUGUUUUUGCGAUAAACGAUAUUUUUCAGCAAAGCGUAAUCAUUUAUAUUUGUAUUUCAACCCGACGACAUUGAUAUCAUGGCACGUAACUUUGAGAGGAUGGAGGAAGCCUACAUCAGACUGAAAAGCGAAGCUAAACGGAUUGGACUAGUCAUCAAGUGAAGAAAAGUGAUGCG